AUCGACGUAUUAUAUAAUAAGGCUUAUGUAAGCCGUUCCGAGUUCAGGGGUCGGGUCAGGUCAGCUCAAGUCAGCUCUUGACUACCAUAGAUGAAAUCCCCAAUGCACUUUCCCUUAACUUUAGGUACCUCUACCAGGUAGGUUUAGCACAGGAAGCUCUCACCUAAGUAGGUAUUAGGAGGUACCUAUGUUACAAGGAAGGCAGUAAAGUCAUACUGGAGCCAAUAUAGACUAUGUCAUGUCUCUUUCCUUAAGACUUUUCUCUUAGGUAUAGAUAGCGCCUAUAUUGUCGAUUCUCUGGCCUCCUUCCUCAUUAUCGUCUUUAUACACGCCGAGAUGGAAGGCACAAAUGAGAAAGAUGCAACCGCUACUUUUUUAAAAGAAUAAAUAAAUAAAAAAGAAUACAAAAUCUGCCUAGCUAUAGCAACAACCUCUUCAUAACAAAUCGGUCCCUUGCCACUUUUCUAGCGCCAUCUACAGCUAUCAAACAAGUCACAAAAACUAUGUUAAAGCGUAAGAGUGCCGAGCUAGAAGAAUCUCAAAGCGAAGCGCCCGGGCCUCAUCAACCUCACAAACGUUCGAGGCCCGACGCCAUUGAAGAAGAUAUCGAAAUGGGAGAUGCCACCGGCGAUUCUGAACAACUCGAUACUCCCGCUUGUGGCUGGACAGGUCAAUGCAUGGAAUGGGUUGACUACUCGGGUCACUUCAAAGACAUAUAUCCGGAAGAGAUGCUAAAAGCCCUUGGCACACUAAGCUCGCGGGACGAAUGGCUGGGCCCCCCUCCUCCUGCCUUGCCCAAUGGUAACGAGCGCACGGAUGCCGUCUUCAUCGUCGCCCACUCUACCGUCGGCCAAACCAGCUGGGGAAACGCCGCCGCGGCCGGGUCCGCGAGGCUCGUCAUAGAGGGCACGUAUCGCAGCCUCGAAGCAGCCAACCUCCGGGCCAUGCAGGUCUACUACGAGGCGCGGGCGAGAGGCCCCGCGGGGUGGGAACGUCCCCGGCCGGAAACGGUAAUUGACCCCGAGACUCGCCGCGCCGGCAAGCGGAGUUGGUACGUGGAUGGCGAGGGCCUUUUGACGCUUCGGUUCACGGAGGCAAACCUUGUGGAUGGCUGCGAGGUCUGCGUCACGAAGCAGUGGGUUUCGUAGAGGGACUCUGGACUCUGAGGUGUGUUCUAGGAUGUUGUUAUCCAGGUUUAAUAAGCUAAAACAAUAGACAUUUAUUAUUAGGCGCGUGCGUAUGGGGCGCUCUCAUAGAAAACCCACAGUUUUAUCUCAUUAACGCUGUCUUCUGCUAGAAGAAACCUUAGAUGGACUACUCUCUAUAGCUUAGGUAGGAGGUACCUAUCUAGUAUUUAGGGCUUAUACUUUUAUAGACCUAUUCGGG